CAAAUAUUUUCAUAACAACAUGGUCGUCUGGAACAGAGCAUGUGAGCGAAACCUCCGCUCUAUGCCAGUGCGCUCCGCUCAAUAGCUCAUGGCCCAAGCGAAUGCUCCACCUUGCUCACCGGUAACAACGUUUACUCAAAUCCUACUCCGACAUGAAAUUUCUCUGUACUAUACGUCUUUCUGAUUGUAAUGAAUUUCCUGAAUAAAUGUCUUAAUUACAGUAGGCCUAUAGAUUUCACAAUUAGUUUCUUUUUGUUGUUGUUGUUUAGGUGGAGGCUUUAAAUAAGCCCUUUGGGGUUUUCUGCCUCUCCCUGCACAGUAUAUGGAUUGUACAUUUUUUCGGUUUUAUUGUAUAUGUUUUAUGUGUGCAAAUAAAACUAAACUAAAACUAAACCAAGAUAACAAUAUAUUGUUAUCUAUAUAUUAAAGCAACAUAUUGUAUGAAGUGGUAUAAAUAAACGUGACGUGACUUGACUGGAGUGUCGAAAUGCAGAGCUCAUGCAAACAUAAUCCACAUAUACAUCCACAUGAUCAGAUGCUUUCUUCGCUGCUUUUUUCUCACUGCUGUCAUUUUUGUUGCGAAGAAAACACGCAGCACAUAUUUAUAUUCAUCUAAAUGUCACUCUCAAGAGCAUUAGCAAUGUUGAGAUGUUCACUGUCACGUUUGGUUUUGAUUCACGUUUAUGUUUUCUUCGUCAAGGUUCCUAGUUUUGUCAUGUGAUCCCCUUUUCCUCAUGUGAUUAUGUCAUGUGCUUCCCUAGUCUCAUGUAUAAUGUUCUGAUUUGUACCCUUGUUGCAUGUGUCACAUUCUCAUUGGUUGAUUGUGUAAAUUGCUUUCAGGUGUGUCUUAUGUCAUUAGGUUUUCAAUUGUUUUACUUCAAUGAAAAAGGUUACAUUUUGUGAUAUUCUUUUUAAAUAUAAGGUCAAAAUGCUACAUUAACAAAACAAGUAAUUGGACACAAUUAGAGGUGCACAAGGAAGGACUACAAACCCUCUUACAUUUUAGCUUCAAUCCACUGUUGCAAUCCACUGUUCAAUCCACUGUUUUUUCAUGCAUCAUGAAAAAAUAAUUGUGCCAUUAUGCAGCAUCAGAGUGGGCGGUAGAUGGGUUGGCCAGUCUGAUCCAGAUGCUGUAUAAAUGAAAGAACAGUAAGGAGAGCAGAACAAACUCCUAACAGGAGGAGACUCACUCAUGGCCUAUGAGACAGAGGAUCAUGAGACUCAAUACUGCUUUCCUGCCAUCAACUCAUCAUGUAUCAAGGGAAAACGCUCCAGAUAUGAAUAUUAUAUAAUUUACAUGUUCAUAUCAUUGCUUUCAGCAUGGACUGUGUUUGUGAACCUGCUGGUGAUCAUCUCCAUCUCUCACUUCAAGAAGCUUCACACUCCAACAAACCUGCUCAUUCUCUCUCUGGCUGUGGCCGACCUGUUUACUGGCCUUAUUUUGAUACCCAUAGAGGGCAUCAAGCAAAUUGAGAUGUGUUGGUACUUUGGAGACACUUAUUGUGGGCUGUUUGCAAUUACUGUUAGGUUGCUUCUUUCUUCAUCUCUUAGUAAUUUAGUUUUAAUUGCUGUUGAUCGCUAUGUGGCUGUAUGUCACCCUUUACUGUACCCACAGAAAAUAACCAUGACUAAAACUUCAAUAAGCAUCUGUCUCUGCUGGUUUUGCUCUUCAAUUUACAAUGUUGGGUAUGUAAUUAGUAAUGGAUAUUUUAAUAUCUCACACAAAACGUGUUAUGGUCAGUGUAUUGUCAUGAAUAGUCUUGCUUGGAUAUUUACCGAUUUAUUCUUUUUAUUCCUAUUUCCUUGUGUAGUGAUCAUCUCUGUAUAUUUGAGGAUAUUUUAUGUUGUACAAUGGCAAGUGAAAGCUAUAAACUCCCUGAUGAAGGGUGGAAAAUGUGUAAAGGAAGGUUCAGUGAGGAGGAAAUCUGAGAGUAAAGCUGCUCUGACAUUAGGAAUCAUUGUGACAGUUUAUAUGCUUUGCUAUAUUCCAUUCUAUAUCUGUUCUCUAACAGAAACCACUGCAGUCUCUUCCACUACAAUGACAUUUCUAGCAUGGACUUUGUAUGUUAGCUGUGGUCUGAAUCCUCUUAUCUAUGCUUUAUUUUACCGCUGGUUUAAAAUAUCAGUUAAACACAUCCUAACUCUUAAAAUAUUUCAGCCAGCAUCAUCUCUGAUGGAAAUAUUUACAGAUUGCCAUUCAUGAUUGUGGAGAUGGGGGUUGAUUUGUUUUCUUUUUUUUUUUUCUUCUUCAAUUUCCAUGCCUGAAAAUGCACAAAUACCGCUAUUGCAAUAUAUAUUAUAUGUUUUCACGUGUUCAGGUACAACAAUGAGACAUACAAUUCAACAAACAACAUUAACUUAUUAUUAAAGACAUAGUUCACUCAAAGAAAAAAAAAAAAAAGGUCUGUCAUCAUUUAAUCACCCUCAUGUCUGAUGUUAGGCAGAAUGACCAUUCACUUACACUAUCCAGAAAAAAAGAUGCAAUGAACAUAAAUGGUGAUUGAGGCUGCCAAUAUCUCUUCUGUGCUCUAAGAAAGCAUCACAUGUAUUCUUCAUGGAGAAGCGAUCCCAAAACCUACUGUUAGGAUAAAGUAAAUCCAACAUGUAUAGUAAAAAUGGACUGCUUUAACCCUUAUGUGUGUUUAAUGUAUUUUAAUACUUAAAUACCCUUUUUCAAGUAACUAGUAAAGUAAUGCAUUAUUUAUACAUUUACAACAAAAUAUCCAUGAGUAAGAAAGAGUUGCUUUCUCAAUUAAGUUACAAAAGUUAUUUUUUUCCUAUUCAUUGAUUGAUAAUAUGAGUGUUGAACUUUCUUCUCCUGCAUCCUAUUCCUCUGAAAUUUGGAAUGGCAUCACAGCUGAAGGGUUGUUUGAACUGCGCCCUCUACUGCACAGGCAAGAAUUUGCAUUUCCUUUCUUUGGCCAGAGGCAUAUUCACUUCACUUGUGUGGUGUGAAAGGGCCUUUACAUUUGCCAAAAAUGAAACAUUUUGUUUGUUAUUAAAAAGCAAACAACCAAGCC